AUGCAGCACUUGGGCGACGUUUACCAAGGCGAUUGGAUGAAGUAUGUCAGAGUUGGUUAUUUUGAGGCCCUUGACGACUGUUGUUCGAUCAAACGUUUUAACUGGACCUAUGAGAGCUUUGUAAGCUUUCCAAAGCAACAUGGCUAUCGAAUCGAUGGAAAUCAUAGGCUACAUGAGUCAGGGCUACCUCGUAGCUGUACCGAACUUGAGCGUCCUGCCUUUAUGCAAGCGUGGUUGUUCUUUAUGCUCAUUCAUUGCGUUGUCCGUGAUGACAAGAACCCAUUUCUGGACCGCAAAGCCCUCGUCGAUAAACGUCAACUCAACACCAAAGAUUUGCCUAAAGCCUUGAACGAUUGGAGCAGUCACAUGAUAAAACUUUAUCAGACGGAUGCAAGGGCUGCCACUAUGAGAAUCUUGGAAGCAAAUCAGAUCCUGGAGCUUGCCAAACAGGUAGUUCUGGCGAAUUUGGCAGAAACUCCGCCAUUGACACAUUCUGCAACCACUGGUAAUACGCGGAGAAACGGAAACCGAAGCCUUGCAGUUCAGCCUAUCGACCAGCGAAAUAUCUGCAUAAUGAUACUCGGAGAGACUUUAUCUGCAGUCCUGACGAGACUGAUAAAAAAGUGCAAUGUCAAACUUUCAGGAUGGGAGUUAGAUGAUGGAGGUGGUUGGGGACCUCCCGCUUACGUUUCCAAUGUGAUGAGCAAGGACUGGUGUCCUCGAUCUCAAGCAACUAUCAAAGGGCAACUUGGUCGGAAUGCUACCCUCCUAUACAUUACGCUCUUGGCGCAUCAUGACAACCUCCAUAAUCGACAUUCUCAGUUCAGCCAUACAUUCGAGGAGCACUGCACGCCUUUAAGUUGCCCAUUUAUCGAAGCUGAGCAUGACCUUGAACAAGGACGAAGCUACAGCCCAUCACAUCACCCCACCUGUGGAAUGCAAGACAAGUGUGAUAUGGUGGGGCCUAUAGAAGAACAUGUUUUAAAGGUCCUGGAAGAGGAUGACAAUUCUAGGACAGGGUCCUUUCCUUUGAUGAGGGUUUUCAAAAAUGUUGAAACAGACAAAUUGGAAGUGAAAGUUGAGGCCUGGAAACAGGGAACCGCAUUUGCGACAAUAUCUCAUGUUUGGUCCCAAGGAUUAGGGAACAGGAUUGAGCGAAAGAUCCGCAUGUGCCAGCUUGUGGCGAUUCAAAACCUAGUGUCCAAGGUCUUUGAAGACGGAGGUUCACAUCCUUUUUGGCUCGACACAUUCGCCAUUCCGCAAGCGCGCGUGGAAACUUCAAGGCAUACAAAACUGAAACAAAAGGCUACUGGAUUGAUCCACCAUAUUUUCAAAACUGCUCAACACUGCAUAAUAAUUGAUCGUCAUGUUAUGACAGCGGGAAGAACCUUCAACUGCGGCCGAACGAUUGGAGCUGAGCUCCUAGCGAGUGGAUGGAUGAUGCGGUUAUGGACACUCCAAGAAGCCUUCGUUAGCCGUCAAUUGCACAUUGCACUAUGUGAUCAAGAAGAGCACCAAAGAGAACCCCCAAGCCUUGACGGGAUAUGGUUGAUGAGCGAAGACCAGGAAGCAUUUGCGGAGUCGAUGACGGAAAUGAUGAAACGCAAGGUAGAUCAAGGUCUCAUGAAGGGGAACUCGAUAGAGUCUGUGGCCGACCAAAGCAACACUGAGCGUGCCCUACUAAUUGCGAGCGCCUGGGGAGCAGUUAGGUAUCGAACCACGAGAAAUCCAGGAGAGGAAACAUUAGCCUUAUCAAGCUUGCUUGGUAUUCCGAUCUCCCGGGAUGAUAACGGUGAAGAUCCUUCCACGACUCGGGUCGAAGAUCUUGAGACAUUGAUGGUGAGGUUUUGGACGGCGAUCAGCAGACAUCCCGUACUUGGGAAGGCAAUCCCACCCGGCAUAAUCUUUCUAUCAGGGAAGAGACUCUCCCGUAAAGGUUUCCGCUGGGCGCCUGCUACUUGGAUGUCAGGUGUGGUGGAGGCAUAUCCAUUUCCCUUGGAUAAUCCAAAGUUUCCGACACAGCUGAUCAGCGAAGGUCUCGUCGUACAGUUUCCAGGCUUUCUACUACACUCAAACACAAAUAAACUCCAUGAUAUAAUCUCGACGAACAGCAAUCGAAAUGCUUUCGACUUUUGCGUUGGCAGAGGAUUAAAUGAGUGGUACAGAGUGGUCGCUGCAAGAAAGAAGAACCAAGCUGCCAAUGGCUCGGCGACAAGCCUGGACAACGGGAACCACGAUCAGCAUCAGAUUUCGCAAGACCUGAAAAAGAGACUGAAUGCGGGCUCAUCUUUGAGAAUUGGUAUAAUACUUUCUCGUCCGCGUCCAGUGGAGGUACAAGGUGAGAUCGGACUACUGGUCGAGAUAUAUAGCGAGAAGCCCUGCCGUUCCGAGGAUGGUCACCCUAUCGUUCCAGGCUCCUGCUUGUAUUGUAGGAUAGUCCGUCGCGUAGAGGUCACGCGACUGUCGACGAGUGCUGUAGAAGACUCGUUACGCCAAGAAGGAGAUUGGCUACCGCCUGGUGAUGAUCCCAUACUGAGCAGACAUGAGAAGUUCAGGCAGGAGAAGAUAGCUGGAGUGCAUAUGGAUGACACCCAAGGAUGGUGCGUGGACGGUUUCACUAGCAGGCAACCGCUUCAUUCUAUAACUGCCCUAUCGAGAAGACAUACUGGGAUUCCCCAGCCUGUUGAGCGACCUGUUGAGGAUCCCGGUAUCUUUAGCAGACUUAAACGGACAUUGACAGUUGGCGGCAGGUUUGAGAGUUCAGAUCAAUGA